AUGAGCUUGACAGGUACCAAGAAAACCUGGCAUCUAGGCAAGAUGAUGCCAAAUUCCCGUGCCCCUGGGGUGUUUAGCAGCCUCCCGAACUCCCUUUCCAUCAUAUUGGAACAACCUCGUCCCCGUCGAAGAAACGCCGCUGGUGCGAUAUCAAGCAAUCUGCAGCCUCGACUGGCUGCGAACUUUUGCGCAAAAAUUAAUACCAUGAUGGAAAACCAGGAAACAGAGGUAUUUGAUGGUACUGCAGCCAUAAACGGAGGCUGGAAUUUGAAGAUUGGGCCCCUUGUACCGCAAUCCCUUCACUUCAAUGUCGUGUAUGAGCAUCGCCAGGUCAUAUCGCUCAAAUUCCAUGCAUCCGUGGAGGAUGAUGAGAUAGGUGGGUUGAUCUGCUGCUUUGAUAUUGAUUUCUACAAUUGUACAGUCGCGCCCUUUCACUGUCUCGAGAACCACGAGAGUUGCUCUAGCCAGAAUAAGAGCUGGUACCCAACUUGUCUGCCGUAUGUCUGUGGUACCGCCCUGGGAACCAACUAUAUUAAACUUGUCGAGAGAGUAGAAGUUCGAAAUGUGGCCGCAAAUACUAGUCCGAGGUACUUUCCGCUUAGUUACGUCUGGGGAAAUGUAUCAACGAUAAAACUAUCUAAGCCUAAUGAAGAUGACUUCAAGAGAGGCAUCAAGAUGGUUAUUCUAAAUGUUUCUAUUGUCCAAGACGACUUCGAAGAUUGGGCUCGCGAGUCUUUUUUCAUGGAUCUUGUAUACCGCAACAGUGUGUGCAACAUUGCAGCAUGUGAUGGCAUCAACUCCAGUCCCAAUAUCUUCUCCCAGCAAAUUCUAAACGUAAACCACAUACUGCGCAUCUAUCAAGAAUACUCAGACAGAGCUAUUCAAAUCUCUCUUCUCUCAGACUGGGUAAACUGGAUUUAG